AGCCUCUUCCCACCCCUGCAGAUCCCUGGGCUAGCAGGGUGCAAGGGGUCCAACUCACACUGCACCACUGCUCCUCGUGCAGCCUCAGCCCAGUCUCAGCAGGGACUGCACACUGCCAUAUGGGUGGCACCCGACGCACCCCAGGAUGCACGGUGCAUCCCAGCACACUCUGUAUGACAUUGGUGCCUGCUUUACCCAGCACACGUGGUGCACACCAGCAGCAUGCUCCAGCAGUUACCAGUUCACUCUGUACAUCUGAUGCAUCCCAGCAGUGCCCGGGCCACCCAGUGCACCCCAGCACAUCACAUGCACACCCCCAGGCAGCACCUCGGCUCUUACAACCACUUCAGCUGCACUCUCCCCUGCCCCCCCAGGCUGAGGCUCCCCAUAACCCAGCAGGAAGAAGCAUCUGCCUCAGCCUUCCUAAAAGCGUUUUGGCUCAGGAUCACAGGAUUUGCAGCUGUGCCUCUCUGUGCGUGCAGUGGUGUGCAAGUCUCUCUGCAGCACCAUGGCAGCACCCAUCUCGGUGUGUGACUUCGUGCAGCAGGUGCAGGAGGACCUCAGCUCACCCACCACCUCCACCUUCACCAGCCACAUGGCCCGCUGUAAGGCCACUGCCGGCAGCAUGGAGGAGGCCUUGGAUGCAGACCGAGCUGUGCUGCAGAAGAUGAGAAAAGCUGCCAAGGCAGAGCAUGGCUGUGCACAAGACCUCAUCAGCCACCUCGCAGCCCACGUUGCUGCCCAGGAGUUGUUCUCAGCCAACUACCAGCUGGAGGGAGAGCAGCAGCUGGCUAAUGCCUUCAGCACCUUCGCGGCCUUCUCCCAGGAGCUGCUGAUUGCCAUCAGGAGCCUGUUGCAGAGUUUGGACCACAACAUUAAUUUUUCCCUGGAGUCCUUGAUAAAGGGAGACAUGAAAGAGAUCAAAGGGGAGUUCAAGAAGCCCCUUGAGAAGGCCUACAAAGACUAUGAGAGCAAACUCACAAAGAUAGAGAAGGAGAAGCGUGAGCUGGCGAAGCAGCACGGCAUGGUGAGGGGUGAGGUGAGCGGGGGGGAGAUCGCCGAGGAGAUGGAGAAGGAGCGCAGGAGCUUCCAGUUAAACAUGUGUGAGUAUCUAAUCAAAGUGAAUGAGAUCAAAACCAAGAAAGGGAUCGACCUGCUGCAAAACCACAUCAAGCACUGCAACACACAGUUCAAUUUUUUCCAGGAAUGUUUGAACACAACAGCAAAACUUAAGAAGUUCACAGAGGAGCUCAUCCCGGAGCUGCAGAGCCUGAAAGUCAGGCAGGAUGAGGAGAAGCAGCAGCUGUGUGCCCUUCGGGAUCAGCUGAAGGCAGCAUUGCAGCUGGAGCAGAGAGAGGACGUGGGGAGCAAGCAGGCCCGGUACAACAUGCAUCAGCUGCAGGGGAACAAGCAGUACGGUACAGAAAAGACAGGGACUCUCUUUAAGAAAAGCGAUGGGUUGAGAAAAGUCUGGCAGAAGAGGAAGUGCACUGUCAGCAAUGGCUACCUGACCAUCUCUCACAGCAUGUCCAACCGUCCUCCGGCCAAGCUGAACCUACUGACCUGCCAGGUGAAGCCAAACGUGGAUGACAAGAAAUGCUUUGAUCUGGUUUCACACAACCGCACGUACCGCUUCCUGGCAGAGGACGAGCAGGACUGUUUUGUAUGGGUGUCCGUCCUCAGCAACAGCAAGGAGGAGGCACUGAACGUGGCCUUCAGCAAGGUGCAGGGUAGAGGGGAGAGCAGCAGGGAGGAGCUGACCCGGGCCAUAGUUGAGGAGGUCAGAAACAUGCCUGGAAACAGGGAGUGCUGUGACUGCUUGGCCCCAGAUCCCACCUGGCUCUCCAUUAACCAUGGCAUCCUGAUCUGCAUUGAGUGCUCUGGGAUUCACAGAGAGAUGGGUGUGCACAUCUCCCGCAUCCAGUCACUGUCUUUGGACAAGCUGGCAACCUCUGAACUGCUGCUGGCGAGGAACAUUGGCAACGCUGGUUUCAAUGGCGUCAUGGAAGCGAGUCUUUCCAGCUUCUCCCUGAAGCCCGUGGCACACAGUGACAUGGCCUUGCGGAAAGAAUUCAUCAUUUCCAAGUAUGUUGAGAAGAAAUAUGCCAAGAGGAGCCCUGCUGCUCAGUGCCCAAGCCUCCCAGAAGCUGUAAAGGGCAAGGACAUAUUUACUUUGCUCCAAGCUUAUGCUGAGAACGUGGAUUUGAGCAAGCCUGUGCAGGCACACCUGCAGGAACCCGGGGAGACCAUCCUCCACCUGGCAGUGCUGUUGUCUGAUCGAACCUCUUUGCAUAUUGUUGAUUUUCUUGUCCAGAACAGCGGGAGCCUGGAAAAGCAGACCAUAGUGGGGAACACGCCGCUUCAUUACUGCUGCUUUCACAACAAACCUGAGUGCCUCAAACUGCUGCUGAAGGCCAAAGCCAGCAUCAUCACCACUAACCAAGCAGGAGAGACGGCCCUGGACAUUGCCAAGAGGACAAGACAUCACCAAUGUGCAGAACUGCUGCUACAGGCCCAGAACAAUCAGUUCAGCCCGCAUGUCCAUGUGGAGUACGAGUGGUGGCUGGGCCAGGAUGACAUGUAUGAGAGUGACGAUGAGCUGGAUGAGAAGCUCGGUCUUAUGAAGAGGGGGUCUUCCUGUCCACAGAGCUGCUCCCAGCCUCCUGCCACCAGACCAGAAGCAGCAGGGGCAGUGCCUCAGGAGAGGCAGCCAGACACCUAUGCCUUGCCACACACCCACCUCUGCAGCCUGGAUGUGCCACCAGCCCCCUCCUACCCACCUCCCUUCCCUCCCCAUCGGGCGAAGUCAGCUCCUGAAAGGACACGUCCACUUCUGACCAGCUCAUCUGUCUUCGCUGAGGACACAAGAACCAGGAGGAGCCCAUCCCUGCCUCUGAGCACCAAGCACAAGCGCACAUCCUCAGAUCCAGCUCCUUGGGUACCACUCAGCCCGGAGAAACCCAUCCUUGGUCUGGUUUCAGGUGUCCCAAUGGCCGUGGACUGCCUCUAUGCAUCUGUCUCCAGAAAAGCAGGACAACCUGGCCCACACCAAUCGUCCCAAGAGUCAGAUCCAAGUUCUGGAAGUGCCUCGGAUCUCCCUCCUCCUCUUCCUCGGAGGGGCAGUUCGAACACACUGCUGUUCCGCAGGGUCCGCGCUCUCUAUGACUGCAGUGCUGACCGGGACGAUGAGCUGACUUUCCACGCAGGCGAGAUCAUUGUGGUGUCUGAAAAGGAGGACGACAACUGGUGGAAAGGCUGGAUUGAAGGGCAGCCCCACAGGCAAGGCGCCUUCCCUGCUUCCUUCGUUCAUGUGCUCAAUGAAGAGGAGCUGCUUUGAUCUGGGAGGGAAGAUGUCAUCAGCUGCUUGGAAUUUGAAACCCCCAAGCUCCCAUCUGCAUCCUCACUUCCAGCAUCACCUCUCCUCCCCUGGGCCAGUGGUGCUGAGGCCCCAGAGCCCCACAUACUGCAGACCUUGGGGCUGGGGUUUGUGGGUGAUGUGUGCUGGCUGCCAGCAGAUGCUCAACAUACAAAAGAAGAGAAUGGGGCAAACUUCAGUGCCCUGCCCUGAGCAUGCUGCCUGUCCUGAGUGUUGUGGAGAUGCGCUGCUGCCUUGCAGGGCUGCGGAGCUGUGAGUGGAGCUGUGCUGUUGUGCAGAGCCCUGGGUUGGAGGCUUCUGCUGAGGACAGAGCACAGUGUGAGCCUGGAAAGACAAAUGUCUGGUGAAGCCUGCAGAACAGAGUGUUCAUGCCAUCCCUGCUGCCUGCACUGGGUUUCACUGCUGGUGCUCCAGAAAACCUGCUCUGUGGCAGCUUAGGUCAUGGCUCCAGCAGCAUCUGGCUCUAGGAGUGAUGGAGAGGAACUCUGAGCCCACUGCCAGUAAAUCCCAGGGCUUCGGUGCUUUGUGUUGUGCAGGGCUGUUCUGCUUUGUGUUUCCAUCUCCAUUUCUCCUUUUUCCUUUUGGCGUUCUUCCUUCAGCGUCCAACAUCUUCAGGUGAAAUCACUCAUGGUUCAGCUUACACAGCUUUUCUCCAGGGCCUGGCACAUGUCUCAGUCUUCUUCCUGAACCAAAAUCCUGUCCAGGUGUCAUAAGGAAACCAAGCACUGGAUGCACCAGACUGUAGAAUGGAAGUUGAACCACCCCAGCACGAUUUACAGGGUCAAGAGGGCAAGGUUGUGCCUGGCAGCUUCUCCCACCCCCGGUGUUAUCAGUCAGAUAGGAUCUAACCUUUGUAUAAGUCGUCAAUGUGUAUCCUUAGAUACAACAAAUAUGUGCUUUUGCCUCGGUUAGGGUGACCAUCCUUGAAGCUGUUAAGGAGCUCUUAAUCACUCUGCAAGGACUGAGCUUGUCUUUGAAGAUAGGAGCACCUUAAGAAAAGGUAGUUAAGGUAGCUAGCCCGCAGGAAGGGAGAUUAGCCCUGUCUUUAACUGACCAGUUGUAGGCUGGAUGCUGUAUGAGGGUUGUGGUCAAGUGAUAAAAAUAUGCAUUAAAAAGUGUCACGAAA